UCUGGCCUCGGAUUCUUCGAGAUGUGAUAGUCAAAAAGUCGUUCUGACCUAGGGUCGUGCGUAAAAGUCUCUUACACUUCCCCCGAUUGAACAAGCGGCGUUUUUUUCCCGAGGAUUCACGACGUCAUCUGUUACCAAAGCUGAGGAUACCUACCCAGGAAUAUUGUGCAUAUCCGAGUCGUAUAAAACCUACCGUUUUAUGCCUCAUAUCCUCAUCUCCUCUGCGAGCCAAAGCAGAAAACCAAGUCCCCGAAAAAAUACCCAGCCCAAGCAUGAUGUUCCUCUCAUCACUCGCCCUCGCCCUCAUCCCUACCUGUGCCAUGGCCACAAUCGCCGGCUAUGACAAUGGCUACGGCGUCGGAACCAACUCACUCAGCAGCGUCGCUUGUUCUGACGGCUCCAACGGUCUCCUGACCAAAGGCUACUCCACCUACGACACCCUCCCCUCCUUCCCAUAUAUCGCAUCGUCCGACGCCGUUGAGGGAUAUAACAGCGCAAACUGUGGUACAUGUUGGAACUUGACGUACACGGGGCUGGGAGACGCGCGCAAUAUCACAGUUUUGGCCGUUGACCAUGCCGAUUAUGGAUUUUACACGUCGUUGGACGCGUUCAAUAAUUUGACGGACGGACAUGCCGUUGAGUAUGGGAUUGUGGAUGUUACGGCCGUUCAGGUCAAUGCGUCGUACUGUGGGCUGUAAAGGAUUGUGGGGUCUUGUUUUUUUUUGUGGACUGAAGCAUUUACAAAUUGUAUUUGUUCUCUGUGUUGUUUCGGGCUGUAGAUCUAUCUAUUCGGACCAUCUAUUCAUAUAAGAUUGUGUUUGUAUUUUCGUGUCGAUUCUGAAUUGAGAUUUGGAUGUCAUGAUUGAAGUCGUAAUGCGGAUGAAGAGUUCUGUCGAAAAAAAGAAAACGAAAUGAAGUCAUCCGAUAAUAAGAGAAGCGAAGAGUUAAAAUGGGCAUUAAGGGAAGAGGUACAAUAUCCAGCCAGAUAAAGGAAAAUGAAUCAAAAAUCG